AUUGGUUCAAACUAUGGAAGGAGAUCAGAGUGAGUUGGAGUCCGAGUUUCCGGAAGAGUUCGGAUUUGGAUUGUUUGAUGAUUUUCCCGCCGGUGCAAUGCACCCGCUGAUGAUCGACGACUACGAGGACGAAGCGGAGUUGAGGCGCAAACUUAAGCAGCGAGGGGCGAACAUUUAUACGCCGAUGAAGGGAUCAACUCAGCUGCAUCGAGCGAUUAGACGUGGAGACGAGUUCAAGAUUAAGCUGUUGAUUGACGCGUAUCAGGAGGAUUUCGAAAAGGUUGGGAGGUAUUUGGAGAAAGAGUAUGGGUGGGAUUUGGCUGAUCGAGUUUGGUUGUGGAAGACCAUACUGGUAGCAAACAGUGAAGACGAGUGCCGAACUGCGAAAAGUUUGGAAAACAAGAGGAUCAGUAGCGAUGAGCUUCGUGAAGCGGUGUUUGUACUGCUACAACACCCGGUGGACGACGAAGAAGUGGCGAUACUUCAUCCAGAUGAAUCAACGCGACUACCAGCUAUUCAGCUGAUCAAUCGAUUGAUUCCGAAUGGUUACCUCACGUGGAGCAGUGUUGAGUCUGAGGAGAAGCUUGAAACGUUCAUGGAAACGGCAGCAGCACGUGGCUUAAACAACGUGAUAGAUCGUCUGCACGAGUUAGGAGCACCGAUCUCCAUUCCCGAGCACAACCCGUUGCUGUCAGCUUGUCGAUCCUGCAAGAAGGACACGAUCGAGUUACUGCUCACCAAGUACUUUGACUUCUUUGACUGCACAGCUCGUAAUCGUUCGCAGGACAACGCACUGAUCGUGGCGAUGCAAAAGAAUGACCACAAAAUGUUCGAUCGCUGUCUGGAGAAGAUGAUCGCGUAUCGUCAGAGGUAUUUCAGCGAAACCGAGUCGGAGGCUUUCGGUCGGCUGUUCCGAUUCGAAGCUGAAGAUUUGGAAAGUUUGUCAAUUUUUACAUUCUAUCGAAAGGGCCCAGUUAAAGGAAGUAUUGAGCGUGCCAUAGAGAAGUACGGGUUCGAUCUCGCCUACCAGUGGAAAGGAGUAACCAUCCUGAUUUGCAUGCUGUGCCGAAAUAUUGCCCUGGAAUACUGCUUUAAGGGCAUCCGGAAGAAUCCUAAACUGCUGGGAAUUGUCGUCCACGGAAAUACCACAGUGUUACACGAAACAAUACGGUUCAAACAUUUGGAUUUCCUACGAGAAAUGUACCAGCUGGCUCCAGAGGUCAAAGAUUACUUCAACGGUGAGGGAGGACUGAACUUGCUGAGGACUGUGCUGUACGAAAAGAGUCACGACAGGGUGGAGUUCAUCCUAGAGCAUCACGUGGAUUCCUUGAAAAAUGACGAACCAGCACUGAAAGAAAUCGUUUGCAGUAAUAGUUACUCCAAAGAACACUACGAUCAGCACUACAAGUUGUUCAUACAGUAUUUCCCCGAGUACAGAGAUGAAAUCGAGAAAGCCAGAACGCAACCACCCACACAAUACUAUUCAUUCGGGGUUGAAGGAUCGUUCACUUCUAUCGGUGUCGACGUCUCCAACUUGGACGACCUACCACAACCGUACUCCACUGCCAGAGGAUCCAAAGGAGAAACACUUCUCCACCUGGCGGUCGAAAAGGACAACCGAGAACUGUUCACCAAGCUGAUCGAGGCUGGUUGUGACCCCGACACGCUGGACAACGAAGGCAACCAUCCGAUUCAUUUCGUGCAGAGCGAAGCUAUGCUGGAUCUGAUCAUCAAUCGACAUCCAGAAGGUCGCAAUCUGGUCCAACUAACGAAUCAGGACGGAUUAACGGUUCUGCACAAGGUUUGCUCCCUUUAUAUAGGGCACGAGCCGUUAAUCUCGCUGGUGGAGAAGGUUAUCGACCUUGGAGCGGAUGUUCACCAGCUGACCAACGCAGGAGAAUCGGUCGUAUUCUUCACGGGAAGUACCGCCGUUCUGGAAGUCCUGAUGAAGCACAACGUCCAGCUCGACAUAGCGACCAAAGAGGGAGAAACGGCACUGCUGCGACAUUUGAGACAUGGAAACACCUGGAUGGUUCGCGAAUUGCUUAGACACGUUCACCAGCUGCCAACUUUUAAAGAUCACGCCCACAAGUACCUGGAACCGAUGCUCGGACGGAAUCGGGACUUUUUCAGCUGCGACUAUCAGGACUUCUUGGAGCAGUAUCCGGAAACAACCAAGCUGUUGUUCGAUUCGCUGUUCAACCAUUCCCGCGAGGAGGCCUCCCGAGUGUUCAACAAGGUUUGCGGAAGUGCCCACAACUUUGUUUCGCGAAAGUUUUUGGAGUUUGACUACGAUCUGGACUACAACUACCAGGACGACUACCAGUACACUCCGAUAGUGGGACUGCUGAGUUACAUGGAGGAGCCGAACAGGCACAUCGUGGAGCAGUUGCUCAAGAAGGGGGUUGAUCUUCACAUCCGUAAUCAGUGGGGACGGGAUGCAUUGCAAGUUUUGGUUAGUGGAUUCCGGUCUGCCAAGUGGUACGGACACGACGUUGGGACGGUACAGCUGCUGGUGGAUCAUGGUGCCGCUGUAAAUGCAACCGAUGAGGAAGGGAACACUGCGUUGCACUUGGCGUUCAAAGACGGAGAAGCGGAACUGAUCGAAGUUCUAGUCCGGAAUGGAGCCGAUCUCAGUGUGAAGAAUAAGGAAGGAAAAGUGCCGUUGCAGAUGGCUUCUCAAGUCAUUCAAGGACUAUUCUAUUUUUUGGCUACAUACUCACAAUCGUUGAUUCAACCUGAAGGAGAUAAGUUCAGCACGAUGGAUGACAUCAGUAAGUGUUCCGAAGACGAAGUGUUUUGGUUUGGACUGUUUGACGACCUUCCGGAAGGUGUGCUGCAUCCCUUGCUGAUCGACGACUGCGAGGACGAAGCAGAGACGAAACGUAAGCUCAAAUUGCAAGCUGGGAAUAUCUACAAGCCGGUCGAUGGGCUAACUCAACUGCAUUGGGCAAUCCGACAGAUGAGAGAGGCUAGCAUAAAGCAGUUGAUUGACGCAUAUCAGGAAGAUUUCGAGAAGGUUGGGAGUUAUUUGGAGACGCAGUUUGGGUGGGAUUUGGCUGAUCGAGUUUGGUUGAGAAAGACCAUACUGGUAGCGAGUAGCGAAAUCGAGUGUCGAACUGCGAAAAGUUUGGAAAACAAGAGGAUCAGUUGCGAACAGUUGCGUGAAGCAGUGUUUGUACUGCUACAACACCCGGUGAACGGCGAAGAAGUGGCGAUACUUCAUCCAGAUGAAUCAAUGCGACUAUCAGCUAUUCAGCUGAUCACCCGGUUGAUCCCAAAUGGCUUCCUGUCCUGGAUCUGUCAAGAAACCAACGGAAGACGUGAAACGAUCAUGGAAACGGCCGCAUCACAAGGCUUGAACCAUGUGAUCGUUCGCUUGCACGAGUUGGGACCGAUCGCCAUUCCGGAGCACAACCCGUUGCUGUCAGCUUGUCGAUCCAGCAAAAAGGACACGAUCGAGCUGCUGCUCACCAGGUUCUUUGACAGCUUUGACUGUACCCUUCGGGAUGGAGACAAUUGCAACGCAGUGAUCAUGGCAAUGAGCAUGAAUGAUCCAAAAAUGUUCGAUCUUUGCCUGGAGAAGCUGAUCGCGUAUCGUCAGCAGUACUACCACGAAACAGAGUCACAAGCAUUCGACGAGUUGAUUCGGUUUGAGAACGACGAGUGGACGGCAUCGUCAGCUUUUACCCUUUGUCGAAAUAGAGUCAAAGGACGAGUAGAGCAUGCCAUACAGAAGUACGGUAUGGAUCUCUCGUACCAGUGGAAGGAUGUAACCUUCUUGGUGUGCAUGCUGAGCAGAAAAAUUGCCUCGGAAUUCUGCUACGAGGGCAUCCGACGCGAUCCGCAACUUCUCCGAAUGAUACGGCAUACGGAAUUCCUUGCAGGGAUUGAACAAUCAUUCGCUGACGUGGGUUUCGACGUGUCCAACUUGAACGAGCUACCACAACCGUACUCCACUGUUAGAGGAUCCAAAGGAGAGACGCUUCUCCACCUGGCGGUCGAAAAGGACAACCGAGAACUAUUCACCAAGCUGAUCGAGGCUGGUUGUGACCCUGACACGCUGGACAACGAAGGCAACCAUCCGAUUCAUUUCGUGCAGAGCGAAGCUAUGCUGGAUCUGAUCAUCGAGCGACAUCCAGAAGGUCACAAGCUGGUUAAACUAUCUAAUCAGGACGGAUUUACGGUUUUGCACAAGCUUUGCUCGCUUCGGAUGCAAGACGAGCCGCUCAUCUCGAUGCUGAAGAAGGUGAUCGACCUUGGAGCGGACGUUCACCAGUUGACCAACGAGGGAGAAUCGGUCGUGUUCUUCUUGGGAAGUUUAGUCGCUCUGGAGAUGUUCAGGAAGCUCAACGUUCAACUCGACACGACGAACAAAGACGGUGAAACCGCACUGAUGCGACAUCUGAGACAAGGAACCACCUGGAUGACACGUGAGCUGUUGCCCCUCCUUCACCAACUGCCAAAGUUUGAAGAGCAUGCCCACAAGUAUCUGGAGGCGAUGCUUAGCUGUACUCGUGAUUUUUUCGAAUGUUUCUAUCAAGUCGCUUUGGAGCAGAACCCGGAAGUGACCAAGUUGAUGUUCGACUUACUGUUCAAGCACUCCCGCGAGGAGGCCUCUCGAGUGUUCAGCAAGGUUUGCGGAACUGCGCACAACUAUGCUGUGGGAAAGUUUUUGGAGUUUGACUACGAUCUGGACUCGAAUUACCAGGAUGAGUACGGAAACACUCCGAUACUGGGACUGCUGAGCUACAUGGAGGAGCCGAACAAGCACUUUGUGGAACAGUUGCUCCAGAAGGGGGUCGAUCUGCACAUCCGUAAUAAGGGAUGUCUGGACGCACUGCUAGCCUUUGUUGAGCGAUUUCGAACUGCCAAGUGGUGGGGACAUGACGCUGAAACGGUACAGCUUCUGGUGGAUCAUGGUGCCGCUGUAAAUACAGUCGACGGGGACGGGAAUACUCCGCUGCACUUGGCGUUCAGAGAUGGAGAAGUGGAGCUGGUUGAAGUUCUAGUCCGGAAUGGAGCCGAUCUCAGUGUGACAAAUAAGGAAGGAAAAAUGCCGUUGCAGAUGGCGUCUUCUGUCAAUCAAGAGCUAUUUUACUUCUUGUACCACCGAGUUAUAGAUAUGGAAACGGACGAAUUCGGCUUCGCGUUGCACGUCGAUUCCUCUGAUGACGACGACGACGUCGAAGACGUCACAGAAGAUCCGGAACUCGCAGCAAACAUCUACGGAUCAACUCAGCUGUACCAGCUGAUUCGCAGCGGAAACCAGCGCCGAAUAGUUCAGCUGAUCGAUGCUUACGGAGAGGAUUUCGGCAAGGUUCGGAAGCACCUGGAGCGUAGGUAUCAGUGGGAUAAGGAAGACAAGAUAUGGUUGAAGAAGACGAUUCUGGUGGCUUGUAGUGAGGAGCAGUGUCGAGUUGCUAAAAGCUUGGAGAGUGCGGUGAUUGAGUUGGAUGAUUUGCGGAAAGCUGUGUUCGUGCUGCUGCAACAUCCGGUGAAUGAUGAAGAGGUAGCGAUUCUUCAUCCAGAUGAGACAAGCAGAUUAGCGGUUGCCCAGCUGAUCAUCCAGUUAAUUCCGAACGGAUUCCUCACUUGGAAGUGCAUCGCGUCAGGUGGAAAGAACGAAACCUUCAUGGAAGCGGCCGCGGCUUGUGGACUCCACGAAGUGAUCGACAAGCUGUACGAGCUGGGCGAUCCGAUCGCGAUCCCACAGCACUAUCCGUUGCUGGAGGCGCGUGGCUUCGAUCGGAAGGGCACGAUCCAGUGGCUGCUCACGAGGCACUUUGACAACUUUGACUGCACUCUCCGGGAUGCUUCCCAGCGCAACGCGCUGAUCGUGGCGCUGCAAAGAAACGAUCCCAAGAUGGUGGAGCUUCUGCUGGGGAAAAUGAUUGCCUAUCGAUGCAAGCACUACGGGGAGUCGGAAACGGAAGCGUUCAACAAGCUUUUUCGCUACGAAAGCAACGAAUUAGAAAUGUACCGCACUAGUCCCGAUAUCCAGCGGUACUUUGACAGUGAUGCCGGAUAUGCUACGCUGCACGCAGCUUUGAUGAAUGAAAAUCGAGAAGCGGUAGCGUUCAUCUUGGAGCAUCAUCGAGAGUCCCUUGAACGUGAUCAACGGAUGCUCAAGGAGAACGUCGUAUGCUGCAGACAUUACCCAAUGCAAUACUACGACCAACGGAUGGAGCUGUUCGAGGAAUUUUUCCCGAGUUAUCUGGAUGAUAUUGAACGAAUAAGGGCGAAUACGGAAGCUGAGCAGUGUAAUUUUGGUCAACAACAUAGAACAGAGACUUUCGAUGCCUCACCAGAACCUUCUUCAAACACCAUGGAAUCGAAUGACGUACCCCUUCUACACCAAGCAGUUCAAAGAGAUGACCAGCAUCUAUUCAUUCAGCUGAUGGAAUCAGGUCACGACAUUGACACGCUGGACACCGCCGGAAAUCAUUCGAUUCACUUCAUUCAAAGUGAGACCAUGCUGGAACUCAUCACCAACCGACAUCCCGACGGUCAGCGGAUCGUGCAUCGAACGAAUCACGAGGAAUUCACGCUUUUGCACAAAAUCUGCUCCCUUCGAAUGGAUCACAAAACGAUGAGCGAUCUGCUGAAAAGAGUGAUUGAAUGUGGAGCGAAUGUUCACCAGCUGACGAAAAAUGGCGAAUCGAUCGCGUUUUUCGUGGAAAACUGCGACGUUCUCGAGUACUUGAGGGAGUUUGACAUUCAGUUGGAGGUAGUGAAUCAGAAUGGAGAAACUGCCCUUGAACGACACUUGUACAACGAGAAUGUUCAAAUGGCACGAGCUUUGCUGGUUCGAACUCACACGUCAUCGACGUUCAAGCAACGUGCACACAAAUAUUUAAAUCUUAUGCUGAAAAAAGGUCGCUACUUCUUCAUCCGUGACUAUCAGGACGUGCUGGAGAAACAUCCGGAACUGACGAAAGCCUUAUUUGAUGCCCUCUACAACCACUCACGGGAGGAAGCUUCACGACUCUUCGCUCAAGCUUGUCGCAGCGAGAUCUACUUCAUCGUUAAGAGGUUUCUCGAUUUUGACUACAACUUGAACUACAACUUCGUCUACAAGGAAGAUGAAAACGACGACGACGCUACACCGCUGCUGAGGCUGAUAAAUCCGCGUGAGAACUUCUCAAACGAACAUCUGAUCGAACGACUUCUCCAGAAAGACGUUGAUGUGAGCGCUCGAAACGGUUCCGGAUGUAACGCCCUCCUGGCACUGGCCCUUCGAUAUCGCUUUGACAACGGAAGCGAAAACGGCGAGAAGCUGCUUCAGCUGCUGAUGACACGUGGUGCGUCGAUCGAUUCCGUAGACUUCGAUGGGAAUACCGCACUGCACUGGGCUUUUCUGAGUGGCCGAUUGGAGUUGGUGGAGGUGCUGGUCCGGAAUGGGGCGGAUUUCAGAGUGAAGAAUAACGGCGGGAACAUUCCGUUGCAAAUGGCGGAUGCAGUUAACCAGGAGUUGUUUUAUUUUUGGUCAAUCACUGUGGUUGCUGAGCUCACAUACGAAUACAAACUGGAGGAAGAAAAUUCAUACGUGAAAAAUCGUGAAAUUACCAUCCAGAUGGAAGAAUUCAGCUUCGGAAUGUUCGACGAGCUGCUGGAGGGUGAUCGGCAUCCCCUGCAGAUCGACGACUACGAGGAUGAAGAGGACGAUCUGCAGCGCACCUCAACAAAACCGAGCUUAGUUGACAGGCUAAGAGCCCAAGAACCCUCCAUCUACGCACCUGUGGGAGGUGACACCAAGCUGCACUUUGCCAUCCGGUGCGGCAAACAGGCCGAAUUCGACGCCCUGCUGCAGUUGUAUCGAAAGGAUUUCGACAAAGUGCGGGAUCACUUGGUAGGGAAGUACGAUUGGGAUGCCGAGGACAAAAUUUGGUUUACGAAAACCAUUUUGGUGGCGACCACUGAAGAGCAAUGCCAAACUGCAAAGAACUUGGAGAAUCGUCACAUUGGUGCUGAAGAUCUGCGACGGGCAGUGCUUGUACUGUUGAAGUACCCGGUAAAUGGUGAAGACGUGGCUGUCUUACAUCCCAGCAAGUCCGAUCGUUUGCCGGUAGCCCAGCUUAUCCAAACUCUAGUUCCAAAUGGGUUUCUAUCGUGGAACUACGUUGGGACGGAAGGAAAACAAGAAACGUUUGUUCAAUCAGCCGUGUUGAAAGCAAUACAUCCUGUCAUCGAGCGACUGUACGAGCUUGGCGCUCCAAUCGCCAUUCCAGGCUACAACCCGCUGCUGACAGCUAUCAGAUGUAACAGGAUGGAAACGGUAAAUUGGCUUCUAACGGAGCAUUUCGAUCACUUUGAUUGUACACUACGAGACGCUGGAAAAUGUAACGCAUUGAUAGCUGCAAUGCAAAGAAACGACGGAGCAUUGUUCGAUCUUGUUCUCGAGAAGAUGAUAGCCUAUCGGCGGAAGUACUUCGCUGAAACCGAAGAAGAAGCGUUUCACGAAAUAUUUCUAUUAAAUCAUGAGGAGUACUCGUACACUACGAUCUUUACCUAUGUUAAAAAGUCUGGACCAAUUUUCGAACGGGUGGAGAAGGCUAUUCAAAAGUACAAACUGAAGCUGUCACAUCGAUGGAAGAACAUCGUCGUACUGGGAAGUUUGAUCGAACGUAACAUUGCACUGGAAUACUGCUUCGAGGGCAUUCGGAACGAUCCACAACUGUUGGGAUUGACAGAGCACGAGACGACGACUAUUCUGCAUCAACUGCUAAGAUGGGGACAUCUCGGGUUCGUUCGUGAAAUGUAUAGCAAGUAUCCAGAGGUACAGUCUUUUUUCAACUCAGACGGUGCCUUCGAAACGCUGCGAAAAGUGGUCUUCGAUCAAAGGCGUGAGACGGUACAGUUUGUGCUCGAGCAUCACGAGGAUUUUUUGAAAAACGACAUGGAAAAAUUAAAGGACAAAUUGCUGUGCUAUUACCAGGAAGAAUUUUAUGAGGAACGGAAAGACCUUUUCAAAGAGUAUUUUCCAGAGCUACAAGACAGUAUACAAGAGGUAUUGAGAUGGACGCACAUAGACGACUAUUACUACGGCAUUGAAGGAUCGUUUGCCAAAGCCAACAUCGAUGUUUCAAAUUUUGACAAGCUGCCCGAACCUUAUGCAACCGUCAGAGGAUCAAACGGAGAGACUCUUCUCCACUUGGCUGUAGAUAAAGACGACAUGGAACUGCUGGUUCGGAUGCUGGAAGCAGGUUGCGAGCUGGACGUACUGGACAACGACGGAAACCAUCCAGUUCAUCUGGUGAAAAGCGAAGAAAUGCUGGACUUGAUCAUCGAUCGACACACGGAAGGUCGGAGCCUUAUCCAGCGAACCAACAACGAUGGCUGUACGGUUCUGCACAAGCUCUGCCAACAGAGCAUAGAUUCUAAAAAGUUGGUUGCCCUGCUGGAAAAGGUGAUCGCGUACGGUGCGGACGUGCACAAGAUGACCAAGCAGGGUGAGAAUGCUGUCUUCUUCGCUGGAGAUCACGACGUGUUAGACUUUCUCCGGAGUCACGCAGUGAAACUGGACCAUGUUAACAACAGUGGAGAAACUGCGCUGGAAAAGCAUUUUUGGAAUGUUUGGGUUGCUCGACCACUGUUCAGUUACGUCCACGACCUACCCUCGUUCAAGGAGCAUGCCCACAAAUACCUUGCACCAAUGCUGGACCAAACCGGACAUGUCCACACGUACGACUACAAAGUCAUUUUCGAGAAAUACCCCGAAGCAGCACGGAUCAUGCUCGAUUCCGUGUACGAACAUUCUCGCGAAGAGGCCUGCCGACUGUUCUCCAAAGCCUGCACUACCGGCUUCGUCUACGUGGUGGAACUAUUCCUGGACGGCAAUUAUGAGCUGGAUUACAACUACAAAGACCAAUACGAGGAUUCCCCCUUCCUCGGACUGAUCAAACAUAUGGAACAAGUCACCGUACGAGUUAUCAGGCGACUGCUGGAGACGGGAGUCGACCUACGGGCACGGUGUGAAUGGGGCAGAGACGCUCUGAUGCACCUGAUUUGGCGGUAUCGAACCGCCAAAUGGAAAGGACUUGGACUGGACACGGUGCAGCUGAUGCUGGAUCAUGGGGCGUCGAUAAACACUACGGACGAGGACGGAAAUACGCCGCUUCAUUUGGCAUUUGAGCAGAAAGAAUUUGAAUUAGCAGAGUUUCUGAUUGAAAAUGGCGCCAAUUUGAACGCGGUGAAUAACAUAGGAAAACGACCGUUCGAAAUGGCACCAGCGUUGGAUCGGGAACUGUUUUACUUUUAUUCCGAGCAACGUGAAAGUAUUUAUGCUGCUGCUGAGCUCACAUACGAACACAAACUGAAGGAGGAAAGGUCAUUCGUGAAAACUCGUGAAAAAAACAUUAUCAUGGAAGAAUUCGGCUUCGGACUGUUUGACGAUCUGCUCGAGGGUGAAGUGCAUCCUCUGCAGAUCGACGAGUACGAGGAUGAGGAGGGCUACCUGCGCAAACUGAAGGACAAGGAGCAGAACAUUUAUGCACCUGUUGCUGGGGACACCAAACUGCAUCGCGCCAUCAGGAGUGGGAAGCAGAUCGAGAUCAAUGGCCUGAUUGAAGUUUAUCGUGAGGAUUUCGACAAAGUGCGGGAUCAUUUGGUGGCGAAGUAUCAGUGGAAUGGCGAGGACAAGAUUUGGCUAAGGAAGACUAUUUUGGUGGCGAGCAGUGAGGAGCAAUGUCAGAGUGCAAAAAACUUUGAAAAUCAACAAGUUGAUGCAGAACAAUUGCGACGAGCAGUGUUUGUUCUGCUUAAACACCCAGUUAAUGGUGAGGAAGUUGCAGUACUGCACCCUAACAAAACAAGUCGCGCAGCUGUAGCUGAAUUGAUCGCGACACUUAUUCCAAAUGGUUUUCUUUCAUGGAAUUUUGUCACAACAAAUGGAGUCAGAGAAACGUUCAUGCAAGCUGCUGCUAGUAAAGGACUUCAUAAAGUUAUCGAUCGACUGUACGAGCUUGGCGCUCCGAUCGCCAUACCUGAUCACAAUGCACUGCUAACAGCGAUUAGAAGUAAUAGGAAAGAAACGGUGCGGUGGCUUCUAACCGAGCAUUUCGAUCACUUUGAUUGUACACUUCGAGAUAGUGCUGAACACAACGCUUUGAUUGCGACUAUGCAAAGAAACGAUGCUGGAUUAUUUGAUCUUGUUCUUGAGAAGAUGAUAUCCUAUCGUCAGAAGUACUUCAAUGAAACUGAAGAGCAGGCGUUUAACGAAAUAUUUCGAUUAGAACAUGAGGAGUACUCUCACACUACGAUCUUUACCUGCGUGAGAAAAUCUGGACCGAUUUAUGAACGAGUGGAGAAAGCUGUUCAAAAAUACAAACUGAAGCUGUCACAUCGCUGGAAGCACAGUGUCGUACUGGGACGAUUGAUCGAACGUAACAUUGCACUGGAAUACUGCUUCGAGGGCAUUCGGAACGAUCCUCAACUGCUGGACUUGAAAGAGCAUGAGACAACAACCAUUCUGCUCCUGCUGAUAAGGUCCGGACACCGUGAUUUCGUUCUAGAAAUGUACACUAAACAUCCCGAGGUGAAGUCCUUCUUCAACUCGGACGGUGCCUUCAAGUUACUACAAAAAGCGAUCGCCGAUCAAAAUCGUGAAACGAUACAGUUUAUUCUUGCACAUCACGAAGGAGAUUUGAACAGUGACAUGGACAAGUUGAAGGACCAGGUCGUUUGCUGCCAAUACUACACGAAGGAAUUUUAUGAAAAACAUCGUGACUUGCUCAAAGAGUUCUUUCCAGAGCUGAGAGAUAGUAUAGAAAAAAGGAUGACGAAGGCGCAUACUAGCAAAUAUUACUACGGCAUUGAAGGAUCGUUCGCCAAAGCCAACAUCGAUGUUUCCAAUUUUGACAAGCUGCCCGAACCGUAUCCAACCGUCAGAGGAUCGAACGGAGAGACUCUUCUCCACUUGGCUGUAGAUAAAAAUGACAAGGAACUGCUGGUUCGGAUGCUGGAAGCAGGUUGCGAGCUGGACGAGCUCGACAACGACGGAAACCAUCCAGUUCAUCUGGUGAAAAGCGAAGAAAUGCUGGACUUGAUCAUCAAUCGACACCCGGAAGGUCGGAACCUUAUCAAGCGUACAAAUAAUGAUGGCUGUUCGGUUCUACACAAGGUCUGUCAACAACGCAUGGAUCAUAAACCACUGAUCAACCUGCUAGAGAAGGUCAUCGACUACGGUGCGGACGUGCACCAACUGACCAAACACGGUGAGUCGGCCGUCUUCUUCGUAGGAAACUGUCGCUUGCUGGACGUUCUGCUAAAACACAAAGUUGAACUAGAUUUCAUCAAUAACUAUGGAGAAACUCCUCUGCAACGACACCUUCACAGCGGAAACACAUGCAUGGCAAUGCCACUAUUCAGUUACGUCCACGACCUACCCUCGUUCAAGGAGCAUGCCCACAAGUACCUUGCACCAAUGCUAAACCAAAACGGGCAUGUCUACACGUACGACUACAAAGUCAUUUUCGAGAAAUACCCCGAAGCAGCACGGAUCAUGCUCGACUCCGUGUACGAACAUUCCCGCGAAGAGGCCUGCCGACUGUUCUCCAAAGCUUGCACUACCGGCUUCGUCUACGUGGUGGAACUAUUCCUGGACGGCAACUAUGACCUGGAUUACAACUACAAAGACCAAUACGAGGAUACUCCCUUCCUCGGACUGAUCAACCAUAUGGAUCAAGUCACCGCCCGAGUUAUCAAGCGAUUGCUGGAGAAGGGAGUCGACCUGCGUGCACGGUGUAGAUGGGGUAGGGACGCCUUGAUGUACCUGAUUUGGCGGUAUCGAACUGCCAAGUGGAACGGACUUGGGCUGGACACGGUGCAGCUGAUGCUGGAACACGGAGCGUCGAUAAACACUACGGACGAGGACGGGAAUACGCCGCUUCAUUUGGCAUUUAAGCAGAAAGAAUUGGAGUUGGUAGAGUUUCUGAUUCAAAAUGGUGCCAACUCGGGCGCGGUGAAUAAUAAUGGGAAGCGACCGUUUGAAAUGGCGCCAGCGUUGGAACGGGAAUUGUUUUACUUUUAUUGUGAUGAACUGUGCCGUACUAGCUUCAUGGAUGAGUUCAGCUUUGGACUGUUAAACGAUCUGCUGGAGGGUGAUCGGCAUCCACCGGAGAUCGACGACCAUGAGGAUGAAGAGGACGAUCUGCAGCGAACAUCAACAAAACCGAGCCUUCAUCCGGUGCGGCAAAAAGGCUGGUAUCGACGCUCUGAUGGAGUUGUAUCGAGAGGAUUUCGAAAAGGUGAGGGAUCAUCUGGUGUCAAAGUAUCAGUGGAAUGUUGUGACAGAUUUAAAAUGGAAGCAAUUGAGCUGUUGCUGGACCAUGGAGUUUCGAUCAACAGUUCUGACGAAAGGGGGAAUACGCCGUUGCACUGGGUGUUUGAGAAUGGCGACAUGGAACUGGUGGAGUUUCUUGUCCAGAGAGGAGCCGGUACGAGAGCUGUGAACAAUCGGGGAAAGCGUCCCAUUGAGGUGGCAUCGGCUGGGAACAGGGAAUUGUUUUAUUUUUAUUCCUGAACAUCGAUGAGAGUAAUAAAACUAUUUUGAAUCAAUCAUGUUAAAAUCAAUCACAAAUGUAAAAGAGAGUCUUGUCCG